AUGCCUGGGAAAGCCUUGCGCGCCAGCGCCAUCCUAAAGAUGGUUGCCAGUCUGCCGGGCUGUUCGGGGCAAGAGCGCAGCGUGGCGCAAUGCCUCAGCGACCAAUGUUGCUGCGGUUUCGUGGCUGAGACGCGUGCUGGCAGCGCUACAGGGUGUGCGUGCGCCUUCAUCGUGUGCGGGUUCGUGCUGGAAUCAGGCUUAGGUGUUGCUAACGCCGUGCAAAAAGGCUUUGAAAAUUCAGGGCCGGUAGACUCAAGGUGUUUUGGCUGCGACGCUGGGAAGGUGAGCUCCCAGGAGCUGCGCCUGCAGUGUGCAGCACAGAAGCCAAUUUUGGUGAAACAGGGUGUGGCCCGCUGCAUGACCCGCUUGCGGCUGCAGCCCAGUGUUGUUCAGCGAGGGCUCCCUCAGACAAACAGUGUCCUGUGCUCCGUUCCGCGGAAAAACCUGGUUUUGUUGAGCGUUGUUUUGGAGCAAUUGGUGUGGCCACGCGUUGCCAGAUUAGCAAUGUGCAAGUCCUGCUGUGCCUUAUGGUUUGUGCUCUGGUGCUUGGCGCGCGCCGACGACCCCAGCAGCUUGCCGGUGUUGUCAGUGCAGUUGAAAGCGCCCAAAGUGCAGCUGGCGCAGGACCGGCGUCCCCGCAAAUCCGCUUCUUAG